GCGGCUCCCCCCUCUCAAUUAGCUGAGCUUUGGGGACUUCAGGGCAAAGCCGCCGCUGAGGGAAGAAGUUCAAGGCGGCUCCUCAGUCAGUCAGUUCGCGCCUCCCUCCUCCCGCGCAGCCAGUUCAGCAAGCCAAGUCUUCCCCUCAGCCGCUUCCCGCCAGUCCCGCAGUCGGCUUUUUUUUUUUUUUUUUGCCUCGCUCGCCUUUCUUUUCCCUCACACCCGCGCGCUCUCUCUCUCUGUCUCUCUGUGUCUCCUCAACUUCGCUGUCCGCCGGACCCGAAGGCGACCCUGGAGACCAACCUCGCGUUGUCGCUUUUGCCCGCUCCCGCAGGGCUGGAGCCGGGGAGUUGCGUGCCCAACCCGGACCCCGCGUCGCCGAAAGGGCUGGGCUCGGCCGCCUGGUGCCUUCAGCCGGACCCGGGCAGGGGCCAGAGCGCUUGGAGCAAGUGCAGCGCGGGCGCCGGAGGAGGAGGCGGCGGCGGCAGUAGCGGCAGCGAGUGGUUCCCGGCGCCCAGGCGGAAAGUUUGCGGCGACGCCAUGGGCUCCGACGUGCGCGACCUGAACGCGCUGCUGCCUCCGGCCGUGCCCUCCCUGCCGGGCAACGGCAACUGCCCCAUGCCGGUGAGCGGCGCGGCGCAGUGGGCGCCUGUGCUGGACUUCCCGCCCGGAGCGUCGUACGGCUCGCUGGCGCCGCACUCGGCCUUCAUCAAGCAGGAGCCCAGCUGGAGCGCCACCGAGGCUCACGAGGAGCAGUGCCUGAGCGCCUUCACGGUGCACUUCUCCGGCCAGUUCACCGGCACCGCCGGAGCCUGCCGCUACGGUCCUUUCGCUCCGCCGCCGCCGCCGCCGCCCAGCCAAGCGCCCGCCAGCCAGGCCAGGAUGUUUCCCAGCGGCCCUUACCUGCCCAACUGCCUGGAGAGCCAGCAAGCCAUCCGCAACCAAGGUUACGGCACGGUGGCGUUUGAUGGAACUCCAAGUUAUGGCCACACCCCCUCUCACCACGCAGCGCAGUUUACAAACCAUUCCUUCAAGCACGAGGAUCCCAUCGUCCAGCAGACGUCUCUAGGUGACCAGCAAUAUUCGGUGCCUCCUCCUGUUUAUGGCUGCCACACCCCGACGGACAGUUGCACGGGCAGCCAGGCUUUGCUCCUGAGGACCCCAUACAACAGUGACAAUUUAUACCAAAUGACCUCACAGCUUGAAUGCAUGACAUGGAAUCAAAUGAACUUGGGAUCUCAACUUAAGGGCCAUGCAACAGGAUAUGAAAGUGAUAACCAUGCAGGCCCUAUGUUAUACAGCUGUGGGGCCCAGUAUAGAAUACACACCCAUGGAGUCUUUAGAGGAAUACAGGAUGUGAGACGAGUACCUGGAGUAGCUCCUAUGAUUGUUAGAUCAGCAGGUGACACAAAUGAGAAAAGACCUUUCAUGUGUGAAUACCCUGGCUGCAAUAAACGAUAUUUCAAACUGUCUCAUCUGCAGAUGCAUGGAAGAAAGCACACAGGUGAAAAACCGUAUCAGUGUGACUUUAAGGACUGUGAACGAAGAUUUUCUCGCUCAGAUCAACUCAAACGACACCAAAGACGACAUACAGGUGUGAAACCCUUCCAGUGUAAAACCUGUCAGAGAAAGUUCUCCAGAUCUGACCACCUGAAGACUCACACCAGGACUCAUACAGGUAAAACAAGUGAAAAGCCUUUCAGUUGUCGGUGGCCCAGCUGUCAAAAAAAAUUUGCUCGGUCUGAUGAAUUGGUCCGUCAUCAUAAUAUGCACAACAGGAACAUGACUAAACUUCAACUUACGCUUUAGAUGUUUCACACUGUCUGUACAAACCAGAUGGACCCUAUGAACUACUGCAAACAUUUCAAACAUUGUCUGUUGAAUCUUUAGGAAAUCUCAGAUGCCUUCAUAAUGCGGUUGAGACAAGUUAACUAAACUGUAGGAUAAUGUUCAGUAUAGGCCUCUGCUUGGAAUUUUGAACCUUCCUAUUCCAAAACCUCGAUUUGUAACAUUAUUAUAUAAUUACAAGUUGACUAUGUUAUACUUUAAAUAUUACGAUAGACUUUAGCUAUGUAUAUUUGUUCUUUCCUUAAAAGGUUUUGUACUUUUUAUUUCUUACUUGAAAUUUGCAAGUGCAAGCUAGUGCUUUGUCAUGCUCAUAUAUAAAUGAUUGGUAUGUUUGAAAGUC